AUGGCUCCUUAUAACACGUCCAGUUGGAGGAGGGACCCGUCCAUCAACCUCAGCACGUUCCUGCACCCGGCGGUGCGACCCUGGGACCUGGGCCUGAAGCCACACGUGACCGGCUGGAUCCUGAGCGUGGCAGCCUGCCUGAUCAUCUCCACCAACCUACUGGUGGCGGUUGCUCUCCUCCAGCUGAUCCGAAGGAGGGGAAGUCAGAGUUGGUGCUUUGUUUUAAACCUCGCCCUUGCCGACACGCUGGUCGGCCUGGCCAUCACCGGCAUCGCCAGCGACGACUUUAGCUACGACGCCGCGGCCGAGCCCAGCCGUUUCCGCGGCGACGCGGGGAGCAGCGGCGUGCCCUCCGCCCGCAAGUGCCUGUUCCGCAUGGGGUUCGUCAUCGCGCCGUCAACGGCCUCCAUUUUGUCCAUGUUCCUCAUCUCGCUGGACCGCUACGUGGCCAUCAAGUUGCCCCUGCGUUACUCACGCCUGACGGGGAAGUGGACGGUGGCUGGGUCUCUGGUGGUGCUCUGGGUGAUGUCACUCACCUUCGCAAUACUGCCAGGGGUGGUGAAGGGGCUCCAGCAGGAAUCCUACGGUGGCUUCUGCACGUUCUUCUCCGUCAUCCGCCCCGGCGGAAUCAUGGUCGUGUUCUGCACCACGUUCUUCCCUUUACUGUCCGUGUUUCUCUUCUUCUACCUGGACAUCCUGAAGAUCGCCUGCUUCCACCAGAAGCAAAUACGACAGGCCAGGCAAGCGGGCUCCAGGCUGCCCCAGGGAAGCUAUCGAUACUGGGGCCACGUCAAGGCCCUGAGAACCGUGGCUCUGCUGGUGGGGUGCUUCACCCUAUCCUGGUGCCCCUUUUUUGUGGUGUGUGCGGUUCAGUUUCUGUGCGAGGACUGCAAGCUGCUGAGGUUUCUGGAAAACGAUCUGUGGUUGCUGGGACUGUCUAACUCUCUCAUCAACCCUUUGGUGUAUGCGUGCUGGCAGAGGGAGGUCAGGUUGCAACUGGGGUCUUUCUUUUGCAAAAGCAGACGCCUGCUGUUGCACAUGGGUGCCUCGGAUGCAUCAGAGAGGUUUCACACACAGCGACACCUGCCCACGCAGAUGACUAUCACAGGAAGUGAACCUCUGGAACACACCUUUCUGCCUCACCUGCCACAUCGGGAGACCCAAGCCAGGCCAUUGUCCAUUUCAACGUCAAUGUGA